AUGUCGACCAAAAUGGAUCAGAUGAGCUGGUCAUCGCGAACAUCAGGCGCUCGGAGUGGGGGAUCGCGGCAAUUUAGCAUUUCAUCGCAACCUCAGCUAAGUGUCGUUUCUUCGCCCAAGAGCGAAGGCGAAGCUCUGUCAAAUGCAGCAUCGCUCGAAGAAUCCCCCGCCGAGAACCUGGAUUGGGUUUUAGACCACUGCUUUAAACAAUUCAAGAUCAGAGAGGCUUAUCCACAUUUUUUCCUCAAAGUGAAACCAAGCAGGUUUGGGCCCCCCAGAUCUCGACGUCGCAUUCUCAUUGCCCCUCCUAUGAGUGAAAUGGCAGUUUGCGGGCCCAGGCCACACCCGCCUGAACUUCCCGCUCCAGAGCAGAAACCUGUGGACUCAGGAAAACCUCCAGAGGUUGAAGAUAAAACCUCUGCGAAAGAGGAGGCAGACCUGCAAGAGCUGGAAGCUUGGAUCCAGGGAAGAAUACAACUGCAGAAUCUGCUGAACUGUGUGGACCUUGAGCAGUGGCUGACGGAGAAGCAACCCGUCAGUGAGCAGGAACAAAAUGUGCUGAGGAAGAUACAAGAAUACAAGGAAGCGUUGAAGACUAAAGUGCAAGCCAAGUUGUGGGAAGAUGACGCCCUUGAGAAUGUGAGACCGAAGCCACCACACAAGAUUGUCAUCCCUCGUAUCAACGCUCCUUGCCCCAAGUCCCUCAUAACGCUGCAAAACCUUCUGCACAAGCAGAAACUCAAGCUGGUGGACCUCUUUAAGAAAUCAGACAGGACCAAGACGAUGAGGUUCAAGAGAGACGACUUCAUUAAAAUAAUCCAGGAGACCAACGUUCCUAUCAGUACAACUGACCUGGAAGACGUGAUCACCUACAUCAUGAUGUCAAAGAAAGUGAAUUAUAUAAACAAUGAUGACCUCGUUGAGUGUCAGAGAUUAUGGGCAGAAAACUUAAGAGAGCAAUGGAGGCAGCCUAAAGAAUCAAAGCCAGAAACAGAAGAGCUCCCACCUUCCGCAGCACACAAGUGUUGUAGGAAAAGCGUUACAUUCGCCAAACAUUCUGGUGAAGCAAAGAUAUGCCGGCUUGAAGUUCCCCCCAUCAACACCGAACUAGACCGCAUGCAUCUAACUUAUAAUCAGAUGGAGGAAGUUGGGAAAAGAUACAGGGAAAUGAGACGGCGGGCUAAGAGAAAGACCAACCCCUUAGAGUACGCAGAACAGUGUCGGCUUGUGAGAUCCGGAGACGCAGUUGUGGACGGCCACUGCUUUCCGAGCACCAUCCAGGGUGAAAUGGGAGAGCUGGUGGACCAACACCGGCUGGCUUGCCACCUGGUCUACACUCAGUGUCUCAAGCUGUGCGAAAAAUACGGCGUCCCACUUACCGAAAAGAUACUGAAAAGGGCUUUGCUCUACCCACCGGACAAAAUUGUAAGAGAGGGGAACCACUUCCGCAAGAUGAGACAACCUGGAGGCUAUUAUGACCAAUCUAUAUACCAUCCAAAAUUGCCAUCAGCACAACCAUCAAGCACUUCGGGAGACAAAAAAGGAAAGAAGACGACAGAGGUUAAGAAGACAGACGUCCAAAAAACAGACAAGACCCUUAGCACCCGCUAUAAGUCAUACAGAGAGUUUUGGAAAGUCAUGAAGCCUCACUCAAAAAAAGUGCUUCCUCCAGAUAAUUUUUUCAAUGCUUUUCACGUAACCUUCGAUGAAUCAAAGGGCAUACUUGUGGAACAAUAUGUGGAAAGUGAGCUAAGGAAGAUGUUUGCCCACCUGAAUCCCAAGACUGACCCAAAUAAUUUCUGGCCAGGACAUCUUCUUAGCAAACUGCGUCUCUUUCUACCCCAGGAAGCCCGCGACAACGGGGAUGCUAUAUUCAGCCACGUCCCUCGCACGUCCCCAGCCUAUCCUGCUAGAUACAAUCCUGACCGCAGCUGGCCAGUCAAUGACCAGGGAUACGUGUCGUACGGGGAUCCAGACUCCCAAAAGCAUAAUUAUUAUAUUUGACAGUGUUUCAAAAUGU